UGGUCCCUGAAGGUCUCAUAUCUGUGAGGGGAGGGGACAGUGGAGGUUACCCACUGUCUUGUUCGUGCCAGUCCUCCAUACCUUCCUUUGUAUGAUUCCCCUGAUGUCCCUUGUUCUGUGCCCAUCUUUGCUUUGAAAUAGAAGAGGUGGGGUUAUGUCCCACCAAAAGCCGUCCCUGUCCCUCUUGCCCCUUCCCCAGUUGUCAGGGAAUGAAUGGGUUUUUGUUUACUGCCUGAACACCUCGUGUUGUCUUUCCAUACAGGCUUGACCCACAAGUCCCGAAUGCUUUUGGGCUUCUCUGUUGCCAUGGCGACUGUGGGGGGUUGGCUACAUCCCAAGGUCGCCAUGGCAACUAUCAGAGGGGAAUCAUGCUUGGGAUGCUUUGGCUGGCUUUUUCAUGAAUGAUGAGGGUGUGUGACACAAUGCAGACUGGAGAAUGAGAAGGGCGGGCAAGGGGGCCGGCGGGCUGGCCACGGGGACAAGUCCUGCCAGACAGCCCGGUAGCUCUGCCAGGUGGCUGUAGGUCUCUGGCUGGAUCCUGUGAGCCUGUUUAUCCACCCGUAGCCCCCACCCCACCCAUAGGGGCCUUGGCUUCACUGUGAGGGGCUGGGGUGGCCUGGGAGGACUGGUGAUGUCACAGCUGCAGUGUCCUUCACAGCGCUACGAUUUCCUGGUGGUUCCGUCCUGGUGACAGGGCCCGGGUUAUGACGACUAAUCCCAAGCCGAACAAAGCAUUGAAGGUCAAGAAGGAGGCGGGCGAGAACGCCCCUGUGCUUAGCGAUGAUGAGCUGGUGUCCAUGUCCGUGCGGGAGCUGAACCAGCACCUGCGGGGGCUCACCAAGGAGGAGGUGACUCGGCUGAAGCAGCGGCGGCGGACACUCAAGAACCGGGGCUACGCGGCCAGCUGCCGCAUCAAGCGCGUGACCCAGAAGGAGGAGCUGGAGCGCCAGCGUGUAGAGUUACAGCAGGAAGUAGAGAAGCUGGCCCGCGAGAACAGCAGCAUGCGCCUGGAGCUGGAUGCCCUGCGCUCCAAGUACGAGGCUCUGCAGACCUUCGCGCGCACCGUGGCCCGGGGGCCUGUCACACCCACCAAGGUGGCCACCACCAGUGUCAUCACCAUCGUCAAAUCUGCUGAGCUCUCCUCCACCUCUGUGCCUUUCUCAGCUGCCUCCUAGGGUCUGCUGGGGCCGGGCGGGGCGCGGGCAGUGGCACAGCCCUCACGCCUAUCCUGGGCUCCCUGGCACAGAUUCCUCAUGCCCACCUGCCUACUGUGGACCCUGCGGGGCUGAGGGCAGGGACAGCAGGGGACAGGCAGAUACAGGAUAAAAGGGAGGCUCUCGUGAGCCAGUGCCACAGGCAAUGCCCACUCACAUCGCUCCUUCCCCUGGGUUGUGUUUUUAGGAGCUGACAGGAACCACGUGGGCCAGGAUGAACAACUCCAGGCCCCUGUGGUAGGGUGUGAGGACUCAUCUUCCACCUUUCUGGUGCCUGCCUGUCAGCGCCUUCAAUGCCGUCCCUUCUACGGGCCUCCAGCUGGGGUGGAAACCAUACUGACCCUCUCCGGGUUCUGGCCUUCUUGUCUUUGUCAGAAUGUGCUAGAGCCACACCCAUGUCCUGGGAAACAGUUCACCUGCAGGGGCUAGUGCAUGUGUUCCUGUGUCCACAGACUACAGACUGCCAUCACAGCCUGUGAAGACAGGAAGCCACUGGCCAGGCGGCCACACAGGAGAGCCUGUCCAGUAUGUGUGCUGAGGGUGGCGUGGAGGUCGUGGUAUGUCCCUGGAAGGGGGGUGGGAGGUCUGUUAGGUAA